CUCCAAAAUAAUAAAAUUAAAUAAAUGGGUAAAAAAGAGAAGGCCAAGGACAGGCUUGAUAAGUACUACAUCAUGGCUAAGGAACACAACUACAGAUCCAGAGCAGCAUUUAAGUUGAUCCAGCUUAACAGGAAGUAUAACUUCUUAAGCAAAUCUAAGGUCCUGAUCGAUCUCUGUGCAGCUCCAGGAGGUUGGUUGCAAAUAGCAGCGAAGUAUAUGCCUAUUUCUUCAAUAAAGAUUGGUAUUGAUCUUGACCCAAUCCCUCAUGUGAAGGGAUGUGUCACUUUCCAAUGUGAUAUCACAACCCCAAAGUGUAUCUCCCUCAUCAAGAAGGAGAUCAAGCAUUUCGAAGCAGAUGUAGUGCUCAAUGAUGGUGCUCCCAAUGUCGGAGCUCAGUGGAGUAAAGAUGCUUAUGGACAAGCAGAGCUUGUCUUGGCAGCCUGCAAACUUGCUACACAAGUGCUCAAGAAGGGAGGUACCUUUGUCACAAAAGUAUUCAGAUCUAAGGAUUAUAAUGCAUUAAUCUGGGCCUUCAAUCAUUUGUUCAAGAAAGUUGAGCCUUUCAAACCAGCUGCUUCAAGAUCGAACUCAGCAGAGACCUUCCUGGUAUGUCUUGAAUACAAAAAGCCAGACCACAUCGACCCUAAAAUUCUUGACCCAAAGCAUAUUUUCGAAGAUAUUGACACUCUUGAAGAAGGUUCAAAGAAGAAGAUCAACUCGUUGAAGAAGCUUCUUGAGCAAAAACACUCAAGAAUCGGGUAUGAUGAUCUCGACGGAAGCGGUGCCUUUUACAAAGAAGAAAAGCUCUCAGUCUUCAUGAAGUCUCUGGAACCAUACAAAUUCUUAACCAAGUGCCAUAGAUUCGUAAUCGAUGAGGAAUGCAAGGAAGAAAUCUUCAAUGUGGUGAAGCCACCAGCCUCUUUAGAGAGCAUCGUUGAUGAUCUCAAGGUCUUGGGAAGAUCUGACCUGACCCUCCUGCUUAAAUAUCGGUCCAAAUAUCUUCGUCAAGUUCAAAAGCGGAGAGCUAAAGAAAAUAAAGAGAGAAAACUUGCUGAGGAAAAACCCUUAACAAAGGAAGAAAUUGAGAAGGAGAAUGAAGAAGCCCUUGAAAAGGCCCUUCAAGAGAAAAAGAAGCAGGCCAUGAAGAAAGAGCGUAAGCAGAAUGAAAUCCAGAAGAAAUCUGAGUACCUCCAAAAGAUGUCUAUCAUGACCAGUGUCAACGUUAUGAACAACGAUGACGAAAUCUCAUUCGAUCCCAGAACUUUUGCCAAGCUCCAACAAGUAGAAAAUUUAGAUGAGCUUCAUGACUCUGAUGCUUCCAGUGAGCUAGAUGAAGAACAAAAGAAAGAGCUGGCUAAGCAGCAAGAAUAUGAAGAUAUGCUUCAAGAUAAUGAACUUGAUGAGUAUGACUCAGAUUAUGAGAAAGAAAAGACUCUUAAAAUGGACGAAGAGAUGGAAAACAGGAUGAAAGAACAUAAGGAGUACCAGCUAGACACCUCCAAUCUUGAUAGAGAGGAAAAAAUCGUGAAGAAAAAGAUCGCUAAGGGUAAAAGAAACCUUGAAAUGCAGUUCGAAAACACGGCAAAUUUUGAAGUUACAAAGUACAACAACAAGGAUGUUCAAGAACAAGACUCAGAAGAACUUUCCAGUGACGAGGAUGAACUAGCUGCCAUUAAAGCCAUUGAAGUCCAGAACAAGAAGCGUGUGAAGACCUCUGAGGAUAAUGAGUUCAUUAACCCUCUGGUUGCCACCAAGAAGGACCUAAAGAGGUUUAAGAAAUCCCUUGAAAAUAAGGAAGUCAAAGAAUCUGACGCUGAGAGCUUCGACUCCGACGUUGAAGAACUUGCUGAUAAAAUGGACAAGGAGAAACAAGAGGAGAAGGAAAUGAAGAAAAAGAGAAACCUCAAGAAACUCCAAAAGAUGGAAGAAGAAGUAGGCGCUAAAACAUUUGAAGAAGUCAAAGCAGAAAAAACUUACUCUGACUAUGACUCAGAUGAGAUUGCUGAGAUCAGGGCCAUCGGCAAAAGGAUGCUCAGGAAGAAGGAAAGACUUGAUAUGAUCGAUGCUUCUUACAGUAGAUAUGCUUAUAAGGAAGAUCCUAGUGAAUUACCAACUUGGUUCGCUGAAGAAGAGGAAAAGUUCAACAAGCCAAUCCCUCCUGUGACUAAAGAGGAAAUUCAGAUGGAAAAGAAGUUCAUGAAGGAAUACAACGCUAGACCUUCAGCUAAGCUAGCUGAGUAUAAGGAGAGGAAGAAGAGAAAGAUGGCUAGAGCUAUGCAGAAGGUCAAACAGAAGGCAAACCAGAUUGCUAACUCUGACGAAUUUAACGAUGUUAGUAAAAUGAGACAAAUCAAGCGUAUGUACAGUCAAGAGAAGCGUAAGCUCAAUGAGCAAUUCAGACAGAAGAAGGAGACUAUCGUUGGGAGGACAUUCUCUACUAGUGCUCCAGGAAAAACAGCUGGAAGAAAAUACAAAAUGGUUGAUUCUAGGAUGAAGAAGGACACCAGAGCCGAGAAGAGAGCUACUAAAAAGAAGAAGGGCACUGGCAAAAGAAUUAAAAUGAGAAAGUAGAUUAAAACAAUUGUGUAUUAACAUACCUAUUUUCAAA